AAAAACAACCAUACCAAGCCCAAAAGCAGCUACAGAAAUAGCCCAAAAUUUACACAACACGGCCCCUAAUACCUUACCCGUACUUUGUUUUUGCUAACAAAUCCAACCAGGGGUCGAGUAGUGGAAUGGGAAACCCCGCACGAAACAAACCUCCCCAAAAUAAACACCCCCAACCAAACUACCCGGUGACACCCUUCCGUACCUCCCGAUGAUAUCAAACUCACGCCCACCCCCCAAAAAACUCACACGACCCUCCAUCCCUCCAUCAAAAACAAAAAACUGAGACAAUUUCUCAAGAUGGCAUUCCCAUUGGCCAUGGCCACGGACGCCAACUCAACCAACCCUCACCCCCAUCCCCUCGAUACUCCCGACGAUCAUCUCUUCUAUCUAUGCUGGCGCCGUCAGUCAUGUGACUACUGUCUACAGGGUGAUCUCCCCUGUGGCUGGUGCGCGAUCUCCUCAGCUUGCGUGCCCAAUCCCUCCAGGGUGCCGAUUCUGGCCCCCUUCGGCUCGUCGGAGAUCUGUCCGCUGGGGUCCAAGGAGCGGUGGGAACUAAGGGCGCUGCCGUUCGGGUGCCAUGUUAGCACGGUUACGUUCCUCACGGGCGUCGGGGGUGUGCUGGGGACGAUGGCGGCGUUUGGGCUGGUGGUGUUUCUGGCGUGGGCUGGAAGGCGGGUGGUUGGGUGGUUGGCGGAGAGGAAGUCUUGUGUUGGGCGUGGUGGUGGUGAUGUCGGUGGUGAUGAGGCUCAGAGUGCUUCAUGGGGUAGUGCUAUGGGGGUCUCGAGACGGCGGUUGGGAUUCUCCUGGGCGAGGAGGGGUGGUGGUUGGGCUGGUCCGGGGGAUGAGGAGGAUGAGUUGCGGGGUGGUGGUGGUGGUAAUGAUGAGAGGAGACCUUUGCUUGGAGGGUUGGGUUGAGUCUCUGCUUUUUUCCGGGGUAGGGUCUAUAUAUAAGCUGGUCUGGGCAUUAAUGUAUCCGUGCUAUCUUGACUAUCUUUGAUGUAUCUUAUGGAUUAUGAGGUUUGACGCCGUUAUCUAUUCAGACAGACUGUUAUAUUCACAUUUGUGAAGCUACUCAAACUGUGUGCAUGAUUGCAUGGAUAGCUACGGAUGGGAGCCGGCACCUUUCUA